AUGACUGGUACUACCACUAGAACACCAAGCCCUUCCUGGGGUGACCGAGUGUUGGGGAAGCCUUAUGUUGAGCGCUUUGAAGGUGCCGCAAAGGUCUUUCGGUCCAGCCAGACCUUUCAGGAUAGGUUUAACAUGGAUCCAUACUCCCAUCAUCGCAAGGACAAUCUGUACUACCCGUUUGCAUCUCUUCAGGACUGGGAGCUUGGAAAGUUUCUCCUGUGCUCGUCCUUGAGUAUGGCAGCCAUAGAUGAGUUUCUGAAGCUGGAAUUGGUCAAAUCAUUACCUCUCUCCUUUUAUACGGCGAAGGAGCUAUGUGGUCGUGCCGAGCUUCUGCCUUCUGUUCCAAAGUGGCAGUACUGUACCAUCUCGACGACUCACCCAACAAAACAACCACUCUAUCUUUACUGGUGUGAUCCACUGGAUUGUAUUGAAUCACUUUUUAGCCACCUGCAUUUUGUCAAGCAAAUUGAUCUCAUGCCUACAUGUGUAUACAACCCAGUGUAUCAUACAGUACGGAUGUACAGUGAAUGGAUGACUGGGGAUGCAGCAUGGUCAAUGCAGUCACAACUGCCAGAGGGCGCGACACUGCUUGGUGUCAUACUUUCCUCUGACAAAACCAACAUCACGAAUAUGACUGGUGGACGCGUCGCUCAUCCGCUCCUCAUCAGCCUCACCAAUAUCAAGAUGGCGACUCAAAACAAAGCAUCCUCCCAUGCUUUCCUCCUCAUGGCACUGCUUCCAAUCGCCAAAUUUUUGCAUCCGGUGAAGCGGUUGCAGAGUGUCCUUGAAGCCCGUUUGGUUCACCAAUGUCUGGACAUUAUUCUUGAACCGCUCAAGCAAGCUGCGCGUAUCGGGCAAAUGAUGUCAGACCCACUUGCAAGUAUUGAAUGUGAUCCCCUAGAUGUUGAAGCUUACUUCACUGCAUGUGCUCCCUUCUGCCUCAGUGGUGUCGCCCGUCCAUUCUGGUGUGACUGGCCACUUGCAGAUCCACCUUGUUUUGUAACUCCAGAGGGCCUGCACCACUGGCAUCAUGCAUUCUACGACCACGAUGUUCAGUGGUGUCUCAGAGCUGUUGGCAUGGAGGAAUUGGACUUUCACUUCUCCGUCCUACAGCCACUCACAAUGUUUCGGCACUUCAAGGAUGGUAUUUCGAACCUUAAGCAAGUCACUGGAAGAGUGCAGCGGGAUCUGCAGCAUUAUACUGUUGCCCUCAUUGCCGAUGCAGCUCCCCCUGGCGUUGUCAUAGCUAUUCGGGCACUCAUGGACUUCCGGUACUUAUCACAAGCAACAGUGAUCAAUGAAGUGCAUUGUCAGAAGAUCCUUAAUGCACUCCAGGAAUUUCAUGAACAUAAGCAAGACAUCAUUGCGUGUGGGGCGCGUCGAGGCGCCAAGAGCAAAAAUGUUCUCAACAACUGGCAUAUCCCCAAACUGGAGUUAAUGCAGAGCGUUGUGCCUAGUAUCCAUCAAGUUGGUUCCCUCUUGAAGUGGUCUGCUGAUACCACAGAGCAUGCUCACAUCUCCCUUAUCAAGGAUUCUGCUGACUCCACCAACAAUAACAACGUCGAUGCUCAAAUAUGCCGGUUUCUUGAUCGUGUCGAAAAGUGUCAAAGUCUUCAGACUACGACAUCAAUCAUCACUCAGCUGUCUCAAUCUCAGGCACAAGCUACCAGUUCUCAAGCGAUGGAUGAUGAUUUGGGGUUGGAUGAUGAAGGUGCAGAUGUUGAUGAGGCAGAUAUACAGGCCGCAGCUGUCGAUUAUCUCUGGGAGCCAAAAUGUCCUGUCACCAAUUUCUUCAAGAAGGCAGAGCAAGUCUCUUUGAACAUCAAAGCGGCCAGACCUCACUGUACAUUUGUUGUUGGUACUAGUACAGCAAUUCACCUCAAUUUUGACCCUUCCCUGCAGCACAUACCAGUUAAUAUUGUCGCCGAAAUUUUUUCUCUGCCUGACUUGCAGGGAGCACUCGCCGACUACAUUCAACAGGAGGGUCAUAGUCGCACAUCUCAGGGCUUCCACAAGUUGGAGGGGCAACACCAUGCAGUACCUGACACACCUCUACCAUUUGAUGACCUUAUGGUCUGGUUCAAAGUAUGGGUGCAGCAGGUAUCAUUCUACAGCCAAUCAGUCACUCCUCCUGCUCUCACCAUCAAUGCAUCUCCUCCGAGUACAACCAGGAAGUAUGGUCACUAUGAUGCUGCUAUAUUUGCUGUUAAUGAUACCGAAGUUGAACAAUGGCCAGCUAGUGGGCUUAAAGGUGUAUUGGAAUGCACUACACAAAUGCAUGUUUUAAAAUGUGCAAUGCGAUCAGCAGGGGUUCCCUUCGGUGGCAUCCUCCUGCUGGAUCAACUUUGUGCUUUUGCACAUAUUGUCCCCCGGUUUGGUUGCAUUGCUGAUGUCCAUUUAACAGCACAAAACAGUGCUCACUCAGCUCAAAUUUUCUUAUUGAACAAAUACAUUGACAAAGAGUUUUAUUAUGCUAUCUCAAAUUCAUAG